GUUAGUAUAGUUAGAGACGAAGCGACCAGCAAUGGUGGUCGUGGAUCUAGGGGAGUUCUCGCGCGAGGGUUUCGACGCCAAGCGAUGGAUCAACGCGGCACUGGAGGCGCGGCACCCUGAGGAUCCCAUCGAUCGCCUCCUCUCCGACCUCGAGGAGAGUCUCCGAUCGUCCUCUGAGAAGAUUGCCGACUCUCUCGAGCGGGAGAGCGCCGAUGCACUUCGCCGUGUCCCUCUCGCUUGCCGUGAUGUUGUUCGCCUCCGUGAUGAUGCCCUUGCCCUCCGGCAAUCGCUUUCGUCCAUUCUCCUUCAGCUUAAGCAGGCUGAAGCCACAUCUGCUGAAUCUGUAUCGGCUAUUGCUAAAAUUGAUGUCGUCAAGCAGAGAAUGGAAGCAGCACGUGAGACAUUACAGGAUGCAACAGGUCUUACCCAGCUAAGUGCAAGUGUUGAGGAUGUAUUUGCCAGUGGAGAUCUGCCACGCGCUGCAGACACCUUGGCUAACAUGCGGCACUGUCUCUCUGCUGUUGGUGAGGUUGCUGAAUUUGCUAAUGUGAGGAAGCAGCUUGAAGUCUUGGAAGACAGGCUUGAAGAAAUGGUUCAACCUCAUCUAUCAGAUGCUCUAUCAAAUCGCAAGGUUGAUGCUGUUCAAAAUUUACGAAAAAUUCUUAUUCGUAUUGGGAGGUUUAAAUCACUAGAGUUGCAAUAUACUAGAAUGCAUAUGAAGCCUAUAAAGAAACUUUGGGAAGAUUAUGAUUCCAGAUUGCGGGCCAGCAAGCUUGAGAUGGAAAGAUAUGGGGAGAGGAUCUCCAACUUAACUGAUUCUUCAAUAAAAGCUUCCUCAAUAUCCUUUUCUAGUUGGUUGCCAAGUUUCUAUGAUGAGCUUCUACUUUAUGUUGAACAAGAAUGGAAAUGGUGUUCGAGUGCUUUUCCCGACGACUAUAAAUCUCUGGUACCAAAAUUACUGGUGGAAACUAUGUCUGAACUUGGUGCAAGUUUUGUUUCUCGUAUCAACCUUGCAACCGGAGAAGUUGUUCCUGAAACCAGAACCUUGACAAAAGGCAUAUUAGAUAUAUUAUCAGGGGACAUGCCGAAAGGUACCAAGAUACAAAACAAGCAUCUUGAGGCUCUAAUUGAACUGCAUAAUAUGACUACAAUUUUUGCAAGAAAUAUACAGCACUUGUUUUCAGAAUCCGAUCUUCAAGUUUUGAAGAGUACCCUGAAGGCCGUUUAUUCCCCUUAUGAAUCAUUUAAACAAAGGUAUGGGCAGAUGGAACGUGCAAUCCUUUCUUCUGAGCUUGCUGGAGUAGAUAUUCGUGGAGCUGUUGCCCGUGGAGUGGGGGCACAGAGUAUAGAACUCAGUGAAACAGUCAGGAGAAUGGAGGAAUCUAUCCCUCUAGUAGUAGUGCUUCUUGAAGCAGCUGUUGAAAGAUGCAUUAAUUUUACAGGCGGUUCUGAAGCAGAUGAACUGAUAGUGACCCUUGAUGAGAUCAUGUUGCAAUACAUAUCAAACUUGCAAGAGACCCUAAAAUCACUGAGGGCUGUGUGUGGAGUGGAUAAUGUGCCACACGCUGAUGGUGUUGGUGCAAAGAAAGACAUGGGAACAGAUAGAAGAGAAGGAGCACGAAUCAUGGACUUAGUUUCUGAGGAGGAAGAGUGGUCCAAUGUGCAAGGAGCAGUGCAGAUUCUUACUGUUGCAGAUUGUCUGACCGGCAGAGCUUCUGUUUUUGAAGCUUCUUUACGAGCUACUUUGGCCAGAAUCGGCACCACUUUGUCUCUAUCUGUACUUGGUUCAAGUGUGGACCAAUCUCAUUCAACUGCUGCAGAUGGGAACAUUGAGGCUUUGGCAGGAAGGACAGCUUUAGAUGUGGCAGCAUUGCGUCUUGGUGAUAUGCCUGAGAAAGCUAGGAAGCUUUUUAAUCUCUUGGAACAGUCAAAAGAUCCAAGGUUUCAUGCACUUCCACUCGCAUCACAAAGGGUUGCAGCAUUUGCAGAUAUGGUAAAUGAACUUGUUUAUGAUGUUCUCAUAUUCAAAGUGCGCCAGCGCUUGAGUGAUGUCGCUCGACUGCCAAUUUGGUCUUCGGUGGAGGAGACAGGUGGUCUACCUCUCCCAAGUUUUAGUGCUUAUCCACAAUCCUAUGUCACUAGCGUCGGGGAGUACCUUCUUAACUUGCCUCAGCAGCUAGAACCCCUGGCAGAAGGCAUUGCUGGCAAUGAGACUAAUGUUGAUGAAGCGCAAUUUCUCGCAACAGAGUGGAUAUUUAAGGUUGCUGAAGGUGCAACUGCUCUUUUCAUGGAGCAGCUAAGGGGAAUUCAUUACAUUACAGACCGAGGUGCACAACAACUUGCAGCUGACAUUGAGUUCUUCAGUAAUGUCCUGUCUGCACUUUCGAUGCCAACUCCUACAUUUCUAGCUACCUUCAGAACCUGCCUCUCAACUCCAAGAGACCAGCUUCCCAAUCUUCUGAAGUCCAAUGGUGGAAAGAGACCACAGGAUGAUGCCGGGGAGAAAACUGAUGAAGACGAUGGCAACAAACUCGACGUCCCGACCGCACACCUUGUGUGCAAGAUCCGCCGUAUUCCUUCGGAUUAACAUUCCAAUUCUUCAGUUUUGCCAUGUUCAUCUUGUGUUUGUUGUCUUGAUGUGCAAGUAGUUGAAUUGAAAACCAUGCUUUACCAUGCAAGUUCAUGUACUUUUGAGCUGUCUUUACAAAAUUUAGCACUGCUUGUAUUCCUGAUCUCAUA